AUGAUCAAGACGUCUACAAGAGCACCGCAUGCUAGAUCCCAUGUGGAAUCGAUCUCUAUGAAGAUCUCCAUGACGUCUUUCGUGUCGGCAUGUGCAUACAAUACGGGCGCCAGGCAAGAUUGGACAAGGAAUCGGGCAGCAAUGAUAAUUCCGGAUGCUUUACUGAUGAUCUUUAUCUGUGAGCAAAAGGAUCAAAAGAAGACAUACCUCAAGAUUUUCAAACAGGUUCUCAACCUUGUCCCCGGCUUACAUGCUAAGGCCAAGUCCAAAGGUAAUAAAGACUCGUUUCAGCUCUUACUUAACAUAAUGAUCAAAAGCAGCGCAAACGCUUGCGCUGUCAAUACGAUGCACAUGAAAAGAUUUGUCGCCAAGUAUGCGCCGCUCGACCCAGUCGUGCAACUGAUCAAACUGGCACUGAUGCAGAGCAACAAGUGCGACCGCGGGUUUUCACACCAGAUGCUUGCGCGUCUGUUGUGCCCUAACAAGUACCUUGCGCUCUUCGACAAGGAUCCCAUCCACACCUGGAACAAGCUCAAGAAUAACGAGAUCAAGGUGCUCACCAGGCAUUGGCCCACCUUUCUAUAUGAAGACUACCAAUACGACCCCAGCAACUGCGAGAAAGGCUUAUUUCGCGGCCGCCUUAUUCUCUGCACAUGGAAGGCUAUAUACAUAGGGCCCUCAGCUGCAAAAUUAGCACCGGGUGUCACGACAAUUUGCACCAAGAGCAGGAACGCAAAACUGCAUGGCAUCAACGUCGUGACGCCUCAAACAAUUGCGUAUGCCACUUGCCAGGCAUGCUUCGCCAUCAGCUCCAUUGACAUGUGGAGCCCAGACAAUGGAACCUUCAACUAUCCAACAUUCUACAGCAGGAUUGUUGAUCUAUUUGAGAUGUAUCAGGCUGACAAGUGGACAAAGGACACCCUUGCAUGGUGGAACAAGUACUAA